UGUCUGUAGGAUGCAUCACUGGCUGAGGCAAACUCAUUCAGUCCUUCAAUGCCAACAUCUCCCUCAUCUAUGAUAAACCAGUAUAAAUUUGAAGAUGAACCAGAUUUAAGAGAUCUCUUCAUUACAGUUGAUGAUCCUGAAAGCCAUAUUACAGCCAUUGAAACAUUUAUUACGUACAGAGUAGUCACAAAGACAUCUCGCUCUGAAUUUGACUCCAGCGAAUAUGAAGUUCGAAGACGAUAUCAGGAUUUCCUCUGGUUGAAGAGCAAACUUGAAGAAGCACACCCGACACUGAUUAUUCCUCCAUUGCCUGAAAAAUUCAUAAUGAAAGGAAUGGUGGAACGAUUUAGUGAUGAAUUCAUUGAGACUCGAAGAAAAGCUUUACAUAAAUUUUUGAACCGCAUUGCUGAUCAUCCAACUCUAACUUUUAAUGAAGACUUCAAAAUUUUUCUUACUGCACAGGCUUGGGAACUUUCAUCACACAAGAAGCAGGGUCCUGGUUUGCUGAGCAGAAUGGGACAAACCGUAAGAGCUGUAGCAUCCUCAGUAAGAGGAGGAGUUAAAAAUCGACCUGAAAUGUUUACAGAAAUGAAUGAUUACAUGGAAACUUUUAGUCAGAAAAUAAAUGUAUUGGACAAAAUAGCUCAUAGAAUUUACAAGGAAGAAAGGGAGUAUUUUAAUGAAAUGAAGGAAUACGGCCCCAUCCACACGCUUUGGUCAGCAUCAGAAGAAGAUGUAGCAGACUCCCUAAAAGGUGUUGCCAGCUGCAUUGACAAGUGUUGCAAGGCUACAGAGAAACGAAUGGCAGGGCUCUCGGAAAAUCUGCUGCCAAUUAUACAUGAGUAUGUUCUCUACAGUGAAAUACUGAUGGGUGUUCUGAAAAGAAGAGACCAAAUCCAAGGCGAGCUUGAUUCCAAAGUUGAUGCUUUAGCCAGUAAAAAGGCAGAAAAGGAUCUGAUCACAGAAGAAAUUGGGAAACUUGAAGACAAAGUAGAAUGUGCCAAUAAUGCUCUGAAAGCUGAUUGGGACAGAUGGAAGCAAAACAUGCAGUAUGAUAUGAGAUCAGCAUUCACGAAUGUGGCUGAGAAUAAUCUCCGUUAUUAUGAAGAGAAGACUUCAUCUUCAGAUUCGACCCUAGGAAAUGUCACCAUAAACUGAGUUUUUAAGAAAAGUAUCAACCAUGGAAAACAGGGGACUGGAAUAGAAACAAAUAUGGCAUGUGAAACACUGUUUCUGUUAUCAUCCCUACUGCACAUUCUAUUUUUAUAUCUCCUUUUUAGUUAGAUAUGCAGUUGUACUAUGUGAAAACCUCUUCACUGUUAUUUCAAAAAAUGAUGUUGCAACCUGUAGCAGUAAUCAGAAUAUGUUAGGUAAAGUAGCCUUAUUUAAGCUCUUGCUAUUUCAUUUUGUGUAUUUAGGGGUUUAUAUGUCUUAUAUAAGACUUUUACAAGUAACUGGAUUAGGAACUUUAAGUACUAUGCAUACACAUUUAAUUUCUUGGACUUGAGCUGUUCUUUUUUCCUGUCCCUCUCCUUUGUUAAAACAGGCUGGUCCUCUGUUUAGAGCUCCGUUUUCACUCUCCCAGGAAAACUAAGUAAAAUCAUUAUGUAAUAAUGGCAAAGUAUACAUCGUUUAAAAAUAUCAUUUAUGCAGUUCAUGCUUUACAAUAUAAAACCUUGAGCCUAAGGCACAGAGACCUAGUUUUGUAUUGGUAUGGUUAAUUAUAAAACUUGUCAGCUGUAGCAGCACUGUGAUGUCUGACAGUGAAAUAAGCCAUCAUAGCUCUUACAUUUUGGAAAGCAUGUUUUGCUUACAGAAAUGAGAAUAAAUUAAAAAUUGAAUAACUUGUGUAACAGAAAAAAACACUCUUUGUCUAGAAAGGCUGCAGUAGAUUGUAUCUAUCUGGAUAAGCAAUAUGUUGUGAAUUCAUUUAAAAAUGUGCAUUUUGGCUUAGUGCUGCAGUGAUAACACAGAGCCAUUCUUAUAUUCCAGCCAGUGCAGAUAAAUAUUUUAAUUCACAUUACUGAAAUGAGAGGAUGACAAAACAUGGAGUUACAAGGGAUAAAUUAAACUGUGGCUCAUAAAUAACAUCAUUCAAUGCCAGCAAAAGACUGUUCAAGAAACUGAUCAUUUCUUGUCCCACACCUAGAAAAAAUCUAGGAAAACAGAUGUGCCUUGCAGCUUUCUCGGAUGGUAAUUCAGUUUGGGCUCUAGCAAAUAGAAAUCUCAGAGUCUGAGAGCCACAAUGAAAACACAUUGCUAGCAGCUAUCUCAUAGACAUUGUAAAACCAAGAUGCCACCUUCCAGCUCAAGCAUCUCAGAUAGACUCAGCUGCCACACUGUCACAUGAGGUGGGGGAGAAUCUGUCUAACGACCAAACCUUAAAGGCUUGAAACAAAAGAUCAAAAAGACCUUUUAAGCCAGAAAUCAGUUUGCAACACGCAUAGAUCACUGUUCAUGCUAGUUCUAUUUUCACUGCCUGUCUCCGAUUUUAUAUUUUUCAGUAUUUCAAAAUAGCAUUUCUCCAAAAAGCCAAUGAAGAAAUGCAGAUUUCCACAUAAAUCCUAUCAAGUAGUGUUAUUACUCUCUCUCUCCACAGUAAUUCAAACCUUAGAUCUACUCUGAACAGUAACAUAAGGUCGUUCUUCUGUACAAGAAGCAGCAGAAACUAGUUGGGGAUUUUGUCAGCAAGAUCAGAAAAGAAAGAGCCGGGGAGUGGAUUCAUGGCUUAUGAGGUCUGAGGAACAAUAUGUGAACAGACAUAUCGUCUCUAACAUGCCUGAUAGUGACUAAAAAACCUAUGUAGAAUUAAGGUUAAGGUCUACGUUUUUUUUUUUAGUUUGUGAUCUCUUAGGUCAGUUGGCUGUUUUCACCUCUCAUAUUGUCUUGCAAACCCACAUCUUUUACUUUUUAAAGUGUACCUUGAGAGAGUCCAUAAUUGCUGUCCUGUUUGGUUACUCUAGUUUGAUGGUCAUCCUUGGUUCUGCAUCCUUCUGUCAUCAUGGAUUCCCACAACUCUUGUCAUAUUGUGUAUUUCCUUUGUUAUGUUCCUUAUAAACAUUAUUUGUGACCAUCAGCUCCUCCCACUUGUCUGUUUUCAUGUAAAUAUGCAAUAAUACCAGGAUCUAAACUCUUUAAUAUACAAUUAAAUCCACAUUGGCUUA